GAGACUGAUACUUUCAUGGUGACUCGAUCUUAUGAGGAAAGUGACCACAGUGAGCAGCUUCUUUCUCACAGCUCUCCUGAAGGAGAGAGCCGAGAUCAUGAAGAAAAUGGGCACGUGGAAUCAGGAUCUACUAGAAAUACAGAGCUGAAGAAGAGACGUCACAGAAAGAGAGGUCAUAGACAGAGACUAGACAACACUGCUGUGUCAGAGAGUCAAAGUAAACCUGUCUCAAGGAAAAAGUCUCUAGAAUGUGACAUCUGUGGAAAAACCUUUCGGCAUAAAUUUGUGCUGACUAUACAUCUGAGAGUUCACACAGGCGAGAAACCGUACACUUGUAACACCUGUGGAAAAAGAUUUUCUCACUCAUCAGCAUUAAAAAGACACAAGAGAAUUCACACUGGUGAGAAGCCAUAUUCCUGUAGCACCUGUGGAAAAAAAUUUAUUCAGAAAUCAAUUUUGGACUGUCAUGAAAGAAGUCACACAGGUGAGAAACCAUAUCCUUGUAGCAUGUGUGGAAAAAGAUUUUCUGACUUAUCAGCAAUUAAAAAACACAGGAGAAUGCACACAGGUGAAAAACCAUAUUUAUGUGGGAUCUGUGGAAAAAGAUGUAGUCAGAAAGCAGCAUUGGAAUCUCAUGUAAGAACUCACACAGGCGAGAAGCCGUAUUCUUGUAGCACCUGUGGGAAAAGAUUCACUCGAAAAUCACUUUUGAACUGUCAUACAAGAACUCACAAAGAUGAGAAGCUGCAUUCUCAUAGCAACUGUGAGUCAUAGCAGUGUGUUGGUGGUAAUGCUUACACUGUCAGGUCACUGCAACAACUGAUUGGAGAGAUGAUUCAUAUUCAAGACAGUAUUUUCUGCUGUUUUAGGUCCUUUACAAUUUAAAGCGUCUUGAGAGAACUGUCAUUGUGAUUUUGUGCUUUAUAAGUAAAACUGAAUAAAAUUGGAUU